AUGGUAGGAUAUCUAGAGAGACUAGGCACCAUCUGUCGAAAAGGUGGAGGGCGACGCGAGUGCGGCGAGGCGGGGCGGUGCGCGUGCGACUGGCGCGCCCCUCCCGCGCCGCCCGCGCCCCCUCACCCCCUCCGCGCGCUGGACGACACCCCGCCCCCGCUGCUCAGAUCGAACCCACUGUAUACCGAGGAAGAGGAACAAGAGGUAGUGAUAAUCGUGGACUCGCUGGAAGAGGAAGACGUUGUGGAGGGAGGGAACCUCGCGGCGCCCUGCGCGCCUCGCCGCGUACCUUCCACCUCUUCAGGCUACGGCAGCGCCGGCGGCAGCAACGGGCGGGUGUCGCCAUCUUUACCAAAGACCGAGGCGGAGCUACCCGACUCGAAGCACGAAGGAUCUCAGACGUCAAGAGCCUCAACCUCUGACACGGACAGCCCAGGGUGCACGCUGUCGCGGAGCCUUAAGGAGGACAUCAGGGCGUGUCUAGGAGGCUGCAGAUGGGAAAAAGACGUCGGCGACGUAGUAGAAGCCGCCGUGAAGGGCGCCGGGGGCAUCACCGCAGCCCGAGCGAGGCUCCACGCAGCAUUGCUGGCGCUGCAUGAGCCUUUACCCAGGAUUCCCAACCGCGGGCCGUCGCUGCCGUACUGCGGGCCCGGCGUGCGGCCCGGUGACGUCACUAUGAUGCCGAAAACUACUGAGAUGUCGCUGCUGGCUGCCAGCGCCCUCUUCACACUUGACAGUGCGCGCGGCAAAGCGCUGUCACGGACAUUAGCGAAACGCGAUCGCCGUCGCCGCCGAUGCCGCGCCGCCCUCGCCAUACUGGCUUUAUUGAUGCUGCUAGCUGCUGUCGGCGCGGUAGAGCUACUGCUGUCGAGGGGACAGAGGGUUUUCGGCGUUGUGUUGCGAUAGCAGAGGU